ACCUGUUGGUGCAAGGUGUGUUCACUGAGGAAGUGUAUACAUGCAUUGGAGCAUCUUCUGGGCACACUCAGUAGAGAACAGAACACACCCACGAUAGAACGCCCCGCCCACUUUGUUAAAGGUAGAUAUGCAGACUAGAGAACAGGACACAUCGCAGUAGAGAACAGGACACAUUCCACUAGAGAACAGGACACACCCACUGGAGAGCAGGACACACCCACUGGAGAGCAGGACACACCCACUGGAGAGCAGGACACACCCACUGGACAGCAGGACACACCCACUAGUGAAACAUGGACCCACGUUACUUGAGCUGGGUGUGUACGGCCCUGAUACUAGCAGGGGCGUAUUCCAAGGUGAUUGACCUCUCUCAUGCACACAAACCGAACACCUUUAUGGUACCUGGGAUGCCCAAAUAUAAAUGGAACCAAAUCUCUAAACGGGACGAUACAAAGAAAAAUAAUUACUACGAGACUGGAAGCUACUCUACCGGCGAACAUGGCGGGACACACCUUGACGCCCCCGCACACUUUGUUAAAGGUGGGCUGACUCUGGAGUUUCUACCGAUAGAAAACACCAUAGCUGAGGGCGUCAUGAUCGACUGCUCUGAAGAAGCCAGGCAGAAUCCAAGGUACCAGGUCACAGUGGAGAAGAUCGAGAGCUGGGAGAGUGAACACGGCCCCAUCCCCCAACAGGCUGCCGUCAUCUUCAACUUCGGCUGGUUCAAGUUUUUUGAUGACCCCGUCAAGUUCGUUGGCACUAGCGCGGCAAUCACAGAUAACUUCGUGUUCCCAACCAUCAGCGAGGAGGCUGGAGAAUUCCUCCUACGACAACGUGACAUCAAAAUCAUCGGCGCUGACGUCAUGAGCCCUGACCCCUUCACCAUCAAAGGUGUGCAGGUAGACGGCAUGCCCAUCCACCAGAGGUACCUGGCCAGAAACAGGGUCAUCGUGGAGAAUUUGAACGCCACCGACCAGCUCCCACCCCGGGGAUUCAGGUUCUACGCCAGCCCGGUCAAGUUCCACCAAAGCACCGGCGCCCAAGUCAGGGCCUUUGCCGUCAUCGGCGACAGCACCGGAGGAAACUCGGCGUCCGCCUGGAAUGGUGCCGCCACGACCGUCAUCUCGCUGGUGACCGUGGCACUGCUGGCUGCACUCGUGUAUUAGUUUUAUCAGACUUUGUUUGGUGCAUGCAUGUGUUGUGUUUUCUAAACUAUUUGAAAACAAUAUUUUAUAUUCUGUGUAAAUAACUUCGACUGUUAUACAGUUCCGUCAGGUAACUCACACUCAUAUAAAGUUUAAUCA